AUGGCGCCCUCGCGGCUGCUUUCGAGCGAGCCUCAUUGGGAGCCGCUGUUCAUCUAUGGGACUGCGUGGAAGAGGGAGAGGACGAAGGAGUUGGUGAAGCAGGCCUUGCAGAAGGGGUUCAGGAAGGUGGAUACGGCGGCUCAGCCUAGGCAUUAUCAGGAGGCGCUCGUAGGUGAAGGUUUGAGGGAGGUGUAUGCGGGUGGCGUUGUGAAGCGGGAGCAUGUAUACCUCCAAACGAAGUACACCACUCCGGCUGGCCAGGACCAGAACAACAUGCCGUAUGACCCUUCUGCUACGCUAGAGACCCAAGUCCACACCUCAGUGGCAUCUUCGCUCAAGAAUCUACGCUUGAAGAAUGACUCUGAAGAAGGAUCCUAUAUCGACUGCCUUCUUCUGCACUCACCUCUCCCGACGAUCGAGCAAACCCUCCAGGCUUGGAAGAUCCUGGAGUCGUAUGUGCCCGACAAGAUUCGUAGCCUGGGCAUCUCCAACGUCACUCUACCCAUUCUCCAGGCCAUCCACGAGAACUCUGCAGUCAAGCCUUCUGUGGUCCAAAACCGCUUCUACCCGCAGACCCGGUAUGAUGUUCCACUUCGCGCCUUCUGCGCUCAGCACGGGAUCAUGUAUGAAUCCUUCUGGACUUUGACCGGGAAUCCGCGCUUGCUGAAGUCGGAACCGGUCGCGAUGCUCGCGAAGUCGGCCGAGGUGAGCAGCUCGGUAGCGCUGUAUGCUCUGGUCAUGGAUCAAGGAAUUGUAGUGCUGAAUGGGACGACGUCUGCUGAGCAUAUGGUGGCAGACCUCACCGGAAUUCGGGAGGUUCGCGAAUGGGCGGCAUCGCGGGGAAAGGAAUGGCUACAGAUCACAGAAGCGUUCCGGAACUCGAUCGAGGAAACGCAUCCUUAG